UGGUUUGCGCCUCACUCCAGCUGAUCGGCCCAGGAUUCCCCCGGUGGCUCUGCCCGUCGUCGGCUUUGACGGCUCCAGUUUUUCAACGCCGAUUUAAGCAGUUAUAAUUCUACGGUGUCCGUGGCCGCUCGUGUCGGCAGACUGUUCCUCUUCCGGUGAAACGUUGAAGGACAAUCUGGCCGGGGCAUUGACUCUGUACUUGUCCCAGCGAGGGGAUAUCUGAACACAAAUACGAGGCCCUCACUCCAACCCCGGAUUCACCUGCUACGCGGAACAGCCUCACACGAAAGACCGACAUGGGGGACACGGGGAGCGAGGGCAGCAAUCCACCGAGUAACGUGAACGUCGUAUCCCCGCGCUGCCCCUGUGGUUUCUGGGGAUCGAGCAAAACUAUGAAUCACUGUUCAAAAUGUUUUGCAGAUAUUCAGAAGAAACAGCCAGACGACGAUUGUGCCCCAAAGGCCUCUUCAAGCUCCAGCAGCAACCAAGCAGACAUCUUCUGUACUGAAACAAACGGCAGCAUUAGUCAGUCGCUGAUGUCGAUGCCUAAAGCAUCAGAGGACCCUUCGCAAGGAGAGACGGGAGCGCCAUCUCUACCUGCUCAGGACGAAGUAUCCAGCACAGACACAGUCUUCAGUUCACUCUCCACUCCCACAAAACGCUCCUUUGAGUCAGCCUCGGAGUCGGAAAGUGAUGUUUCACCCGAGAAGAGAGCAAGAGUGGGUGACGUGCCAGAGGGUGAAGAGUCUUCAUCGUCAUCUUUGUCUGCAUCAUCAUCAUCAUCCUCGUCUCGCAGUGGCUCUAAACAGCGGAGCCGCAAACGUUGCCAUCGCUGCCAAACUAAACUGGAGCUGGUUCAGCAAGAGCUGGGUUCCUGUCGCUGUGGUUAUGUCUUCUGUAUGCUCCAUCGGCUUCCAGAGCAACACGAGUGUCUGUUUGACCACCUGGGCCGUGGUCGCCAGGAGGCAGUCCUGAAGAUGGUCAAGCUCGACCGCAAGGUGGGCCGCUCAUGCCAGCGCAUCGGAGAAGAGUGCUCCUGAGCGGCCGUUCCCUUCGAAGAAUCUCAGUGUUCAGACGGUGUCUUAGCACCGACAGGGAUUUGAUUUUUACUUUGUUUUCUUAUUUAGUUUUUCAAGAUUCUUUUUUUUAAUACAAACCUCCACCCUUUCUUUUAAAUUAUGCUCGCUCUUUUACCCAUAUCCCCGUUGUUUUCUGCUUCUGUUGGCUUGAUCAUAUCCCUGCUGCUAAGAUGCCUUUUGGAAAAUCCCAACCCAGGAAUGACAGAACAAUAAAGAGCAACGGAAAUAUACAAUUUCUUCACUUUGUUGCAAGCUGAUGACUACACGAGUGAGCAGAGUAAGAUGACGAGAAGAAAUACAAUGCUUUAUACAAAUGUUUGUCCCGGAAGCCAGUUUAAGACUAUACUCUUUACCUCAAAAAAGAAAAGAAAGAUUGACGACGACGAGAAAAGGAUGGACACCCUUUGUGUAGACCUCUGCUUCGGCGCUGUUUAUAGACUGUGCUCUUUACCUCAAAAUCAGACAGAGCUGAUUUGUACUCUGCGCCGAGCAUGGACUUUGUGAAGCAAACCAAGCAAGCCAGCCUCAGUUAAAGUCAGUGUCUUACCCUCUGGCCGCCCACUACCGCAAAACAUCAGUUAAUCAUCCACCUCAGGAUAUCACAGCCCAAUCUUCACCUCUCCCCUCUCCAACUUGCAUCAUUCUCCUUUCCUCCACAGGACACCUUUUUACUCCUUUUGUUUGUUUUAAGAUUCAUACAAAAGGUGUUUCUGCUCUUUUGAGGAGGCCAUUGUGGACAAUUAAACUGGGGUGAUAUAAGUCCAAAUUCAGAACGCUGGUGGAAGUGAGCUGCUUGUCCUUGGAGUGCACACCGAUCUGUCAUCAACGUUGGGAUGUGAUCGAUGGAGACUUAAUUUGCGGCAGAUCUUCUCUGUCUUCCUCUUUUCGUCCCUAUUCCCCACAGCCCCUCCCGCACGAAGACAUGCCCUCUCCAAACAACAUGUGGAUUAUGUGUGCUGGAUGUGUACAAACUUCAGGAAGACAACAUUAACAGGAUGUAUAUUGAAAUUUGCUUACGAUUUAGGACUGGACCUGAAAUGUCUGCGUUGUACACGUCCACACAUCUCUAUGCUUUUACAAAUACGCACUCUUUGUUUUCUGUGCUCGACUGUUGUUCACAUUGAGCACAAGCAGGCAAGAUCAGACAUUGCUGCUGAGUUUGGACCGAAGCUGAGAUGGCAGAGCGCCACUCAGAACUGUUUAAGAUGUGUGUUGGUUGUUAUAGUUCAGGUUUCGCAUAAUGUCUUAGGCCUUCAUUUCUAUUAUCCACAUUUAAAGGUUAUUUGAUAUGAACAUACAGUACUUUAAUUUCCCUCCUUCCUUUUAGGCCCCAUGUUUUCAUUUCCAGCGACCACGAUGAGCUCACAUGCAUUCUCCUCCUCCUGCCUUUCACUUUUCAUAUCUCGUCUUUCACCUUAUUGAUUGCUCUACUUUUUCCAUAUGUCACCUCUCUGUCUCCCCCUCGCCCUUUCCUGCGGUAGAGGGGGAGGGGCGGCUGGGGUGUGCAGUGCGCUGAAAGUUAAAAUAAAAUAAUUACUUUCCAAAUGUUUUCCUUGUGGACUAUGGAAGGAAUAAACAGAACAUGCAUAAUAAAUGAAUAUUCUGUAUCUUAAAGAAAAUCUUAUUUAACCCCUUUUUGCUUUUCACUUACACUUUAGUGUAGAACUGCUUUUCUUUUUGGUUGUAAUGUGGUUAUAAAAUUGGAAGAUGAACGUGGAAAAUUCUAUACUUUUGUUUCCAUUGUUUUAUUUUAUGCUUCCACUUUCCAACUUUCUUUUACUGCAAAAGAAUAAACUGGAUUAGACAUGUGAA